UUUCCACAUCCUUCACACCCCACAAGUAACAGAAGAUGGCGAAGAAAAUUGACCUAACUGGAAAAUGUCUCUAUCCUGAGGAUUGUGCUAUGGGGAGUAUGAUGAUGGAUGACAAGAAGCUGCUCCGCAAGGUUGAUUGGCACAUCUUACCUAUCAUGUUUCUCACCUAUUUUUUGCAAAUGAUCGAUAAAAUAUCCAUCAACUACGCAAAUGUUAUGGGCCUGCAAGAUGACUUGAAAAUGACAGGCAACGAUUUCUCCUGGUUAGCGACGGCCUUCUUCAUUGCAUAUGCUGUGGCAGAGAUUCCCCAGGGAGCGCUUUUGCAACGAUUUCCAGUCAUGAAGGUCUUGGGGGUCAAUGUACUCUGUUGGGGUGUAAUUUUGUGCUGCUCUUCCGCAGCGAAGAACUUUUCCCACAUGCUGACCUUGCGAAUUCUCCUGGGCUUAAUGGAGGCUGUUAUUGCCCCUUCUCUCACAAUGUACACGAGUAUGUGGUACACUCGUGCGGAGUCAACACCGCGCUACGGACUGUGGUACUGUGGCUUGGGUUUCGGGCAGAUAUUCGGGGGACUGAUAUCCUUUGCGGCUCAACAUGCCCCUGCAGGCAUUUCAUUCGGUGGUUGGCGCAUUAUGUUCGUGGUUAUUGGUGUUGUCAACAUCUUGGUUUCACUGCUCGUCAUUUUUCUUCUUCCUGAUGACCCCAACAAAGCCAAGUUUCUCACCGAGUCAGAAAAAGAGCGAAUUACCCAGCGACUCAUUGAUGAUCAGGCCGGCGUUGGGGUCAAAGUGUUCCGAUGGCGGUCUGUCAUAGAAGCAUUCGGAGAUCUUCAGACAUGGAUGCUUGUCUUGCUCACAAUCCUCAUCACAAUCCCCAGUGGUGUGGUUACGACUUUCUCUGCUAUUUUGAUAAAAAGCUUCGGAUACAGCUCCAAGGAAAGUGCAUUGCUUAAUAUGCCAUCUGGUAUCGUCAGCAUUGUGGCGACGAUGGUGUCGACAUACGCCAUUGCCAAGGGGUUUUCGCGAUGGUUGGCUAUUAACUUACUUUUGAUUCCAACACUACUUGGUUCUUGUUUGAUGUCAUUUCUCCCUUCUAAUAACCAGGCGGGGUGUUUAGCUGGAAUCUACCUUGUGAACACGACUGUGGCUCCGUUAGCUUUGAUAUAUGCAUGGACUGGUGCCAAUUUCAAAGGCUAUACAAUGAAGGUCUCUGGUGCUGCGAUUGUCUCUGCUGGAUUCAGCAUUGCGAACAUUAUCGGUCCGCAAACCUUUCAGUCCAAGGACGCACCUCGAUAUAUCCCCGCGAAGAUUACUAUAGUCGCCGUGAACGCCGCAGCGCUCGUAGUCUCAACUGCGCUACGCAUAUUGUAUGGGAAACGCAACUCUACCGCGGAUCAAUUGGGUAUAACAGCACGCAGCAGAAUAGAGGCACGUCUUGAUUCUAAGCGGGAAGUACAAGAAGUGUGCAACGAUGACAACUUCCGCUAUGUAUACUAA